GAGAGAAGCUUCUUAGAAAAACACCUCAAAUUGCUCCCUAUGCUUAUGUUACGUUGCUGUUUCAUUCUAUUGUUUUCUUGGGAACAAACAACGUUAACGUUAACUUAGAUAACUCUAGUUUCUUUCUUACAUGACAAUUUCAACCUCGAUCUUCGAGUUGCUUGGUGAAUUACUCCUUCCACUGCCAUACCCAUUAAUUUUCAACGUUGCAGAGCCUUGAAGUUGAAGAAGGGUGAUGAUUACCCUGUUCCCACAAACUACGGUUUCAAUUUGCAUCCAGACAUGUUCUAUUACAAGACAAAGUUUGCUAUUCUCUUCACAAUCUUCAUGUUCUGCUCAACAACUGCAAAAAACAACCAUAAUUGCAAGCGCAGUUGCGGAGAACAUUCUCUGCAAUACCCUUUUGGUUUCUCUCAUGGCUGUGAAGUCCAACUAAGCUGCAGCAACAGCAAACAAGUCAAAAUCGGGGAGUUACAGGUCCAAAACGUAACCUCUGAUAGCAUAUUCAUAAGUCUACCAGCGAAAUGUAACCGUAGCAAGAAUUUCAUAGACACCCUUUUCGGCAAUAACUUUGCUCCAACAUGGAAUAACAGCUUUCUCGUUCAGAGUUGUAAGACCAAGCUUGGUGGUUGCUUUAUUCCCACAUCGAGUUUCAUUGGCAACGGGAUUCAGGUGGAAGGUUGUGAUAGCAGAAGUGAUAAUAUCAGUUGCUUCACGCGAUUGCAGCAUCAAAAUCCGCAAGAUGUUAUGGGACUAGAUGAUUGGAGAGGAAUUGGGUGCAAGUUCUUGUUCUCUGCUAUUGCUGUUGAUAAGAGCAAAGACCUUCCAAUCCAAUUUCAGGUGGUUGAGUUGGGGUGGUGGCUUGAAUGGCCUUGUCAUUGUUCUGACAAUGCAACCUGUGCUGUGGUCCAUCUUGCUGGAGGAAAACAAGGUUUCCGGUGCAGCUGCCGUGAAGGUUUCGUCGGAGAUGGUUUCAUGAACGGCACCGGUUGCCGGAGCAACUUCUCAUCAGUUUCUAAAUGCAAUGCUUCAACACUGAGGUCUGGAGGAUGUGGCAAAGCAAUCAAAAUUGGAGUCCUAGUUGGAGGGAUCACAGUUGGAGCUUCCCUGGUGGCUGCUCUGUCUCUUCUAUGUUACUUUGCCAAGCAUCGUUCCAUUUUUCUGAGAAAACAAAUGACAGUUAAGCGCCUGUUACGAGAAGCUGCAGGAAACUCUAGUAUUCCUUUCUACCCCUACAAAGAAAUAGAGAGAGCCACAAAUUUUUUCUCAGAGAAACAAAGGCUGGGAACCGGGGCUUUUGGAACAGUUUAUGCUGGAAACCUUCACAAUGAUGAGUGCGUUGCUAUAAAAAAGAUCAAGUAUAGAGACACCAACAGUGUUGACCAAGUCAUGAAUGAGAUCAAGCUCCUCUCUUCAGUGAGUCACCCAAAUUUAGUGCGCCUCCUUGGUUGCUGCAUAGAAGGGGGAGAGCAGAUACUUGUUUAUGAGUAUAUGCCCAAUGGAACACUAUCUCAACAUUUGCAGAGAGAGAGGGGUGGAGUACUCCCAUGGACAGUAAGACUCACCAUUGCUACUGAAACUGCUAAUGCUAUAGCAUAUCUCCAUUCUGCAAUUGAUCCUCCAAUUUAUCACAGAGACAUAAAAUCUAGUAAUAUACUCUUGGACUAUAGCUUUCAAUCAAAAGUUGCAGAUUUUGGGCUUUCUAGGCUUGGCAUGACAGAAACAUCACAUAUCUCAACCGCCCCACAAGGGACUCCGGGUUAUGUUGAUCCCCAAUACCACCAGAACUUCCAUCUUUCUGAUAAAAGCGAUGUCUACAGUUUUGGAGUGGUUUUGGUAGAGAUAAUAACAGCCAUGAAAGUGGUUGAUUUUGCUCGAGCUCAGAGUGAGAUAAAUUUGGCUGCACUUGCUGUUGAUAGGAUUAGGAGGGGUUGUGUAGAUGAGAUCAUAGAUCCCUUCCUUGAACCACAUAGGGAUGCUUGGACACUCUAUUCUGUUCACAAGGUGGCUGAGCUUGCAUUUAGAUGCCUUGCUUUUCAUAGUGACAUGAGGCCUACUAUGAUUGAAGUGGCAGAGGAGCUAGAACACAUCAGACGCAGUGGUUGGGCAACUAUGGAGGAAACUGUAUGCACGGCUUCAUCGGUUGGGUCCGCGUGUUCAUCACUUCGUAAUGGAAGUGAGAAUUCACUGGGUGGUAUAAAUUUUGAGAGAGCAGGACAAGGGAGUGAGACAUUGAUUGUUCAACAGAAUACUGAUAAUUUUUUGCAAUCAAUGGAGGAGGUGAAGGAAGGCUCUCCUGCAUCUGUGCAUGAUACUUGGUUAAGUGGACCUAGCUCACCUUCAACAAACAGUUUGUUGGGAAAUGUAGUUCGGUGACAUAUAUACUUAUUUUGGUUGGAAAGCCUCCAACACUGUAAUGUGAAUCACAAAGGCAUUCAACAAUUUUCUUUUCUCUUUUGCAGUUACAGUAUAACUAUUUUGGUGAGUGAUUGGCAUUAAGAUUAUAA